GUAAAUUGCAUCGACGGAUUCUCCGCUUCAGUUUCGAUUUUUACGAUGACUGUGGGCGCCUUCUCAGAAUGGCACAGGCUGCCGGUGAGUCUCGGUGAACUCUGCAUCAAUACAACCUUGCGCUGUGGCCAGUCAUUCCGAUGGCAUCAGGUCCCAGAGACCGAUGAAUGGCGAUGCGUUCUCCACGGGCGUCUCCUAUCCCUAAGACAAGACCCGCAAUACCUCUAUUACAGAACCUAUCUCAUCACACCAAACCCUCCCGCAAGCACAGAGGACGACACCCGCUCCCUGAUAACCGACUACUUCAACCUCGCCUCCAACCUCACCCCUCUGUACGAGCAAUGGUCCGCGCAAGACCCCAACUUCAGAAAAAAGGCCGCCCAGUUCACGGGGAUCCGCAUCCUCCGCCAAGACGCCUGGGAAGCCCUCGUCUCGUUCAUCUGCAGCAGCAACAACAAUAUCGCGCGCAUCUCGCAAAUGGUCGAGAAACUCUGCACCCACUACGGCCCCCUGGUCGGCUCAGUGAAUGGCCGCGUUUACCAUGAUUUCCCGACCCCGGAGGCUCUCACGGCGGCCGACGUCGAGUCCCGGCUGCGGGGGCUAGGGUUCGGGUACCGCGCGAAGUACAUCUACCAGACUGCGGUUACUGUCGCCAGGCAGCGCGAGGAGGGGUGGUUGGAUGCGCUGAGGAAUCCGGAGUCCCCUGCGCUUGCGCUGGGCACGGAGGGCCGCCGCGUGCAUGCUGCGACUGCUGCGCCAGGGGGAGAAAUGAGCCCUGAGGGGCGAGCGGGGUAUCGCGAGGCGCAUGCAAAGCUGCUGGAGUUGCAGGGCGUUGGGCCGAAGGUGGCGGAUUGUGUCUGUUUAAUGGGGCUGGGGUGGAGAGAGGCUGUGCCGGUUGAUACACACGUAUGGCAAAUCGCCCAGAGAGACUACAGAUUCGGCAAAGGAUCGCAUAGGUCCUUGACCAAGACGACAUACGACGCUGUCGGGAACCAUUUCCGGAACCUCUGGGGCAGGGAGGCCGGCUGGGCGCAUAGCGUGCUGUUUACGGCGGAUCUGAGGACAUUCUCCGAUCGAUUAGCUGCGCCAUCGAAACAGACCAAGAUCGAAGUGGACGUGAAAUCCGAGGAAGAAGACAAGGAAAAUGUAAUGGACACCGUAACCCCGACUGUCAAAACUGAGGUUACUACCGCUGCACCCAGGAAGACCUCUCUGAAACGAGCUGCAAAUGGAGAAGAAGAAGAAGAAGAAGAAGAAGAAGACAAAGAAGACAAAGAAGGUGAUGUGAAAACCGAGAGUGGUGACGAUGAAACUAAACCGACCGUGAAAGCGAAGACAAAGACGAAAACAUCUCACCCCGUAACGAGGAGGACCUCGAAGCGGCUUCGAAGCCAGUGAGUGAGUGAGUGAGUGAUUAAGCUCGCGAAGAAUAACCAGCUAACCUUGUAAAUAUGAUCAAUUCAAUUCCUCGUAUAUACUACACACUAUAAAUACAUGUAUAUAUACCAUCAGUUUCUCGAUUACUUCUACCCAGGAAUACAAGACAAGACACACCACGCAGAGAAACAACGAACCUAAACUAUUAGUUAACUUAACCAGAGACCUAGCUAAUUUUCUUGGAAUCCACCACCACCACGCAGUCUUGUCGAAGCAGACCGAAAAACAAAAUCCCUCCAAACAGGCCCAAACACACUCCUCAGCCAAAACUUCACCUGCGAGUCCGGAUACAUGAUUGUGUUGCGCCCCGUCGCGGGCCGAAGAUACCAAGUUGCGCACCCGCUCGUCCAGACGAAGUUGCUACUUGCCCGGUCGAUCCAUUUGCUUUCGUUUUGCUCGGCGUCGGCCGUGACGACGACGGUGUCGGGGGCUCGGCGGCGGCGGCGGCGGC